ACCGACGCGCCCCAGCAGCCUGGCAAACGGCGGCGUCUGGAGCGGUGGCGGAACCUCGCCAAUUAGGCUCGGCAGGGGUUGAGAUGGAUCUUGUGCUCAAUGCUGCAGAUUAUUAUUUUUUUACACCAUACAUAUAUCCAGCCACGUGGCCAGAAGAUGACAUCUUCCGACAAACUAUUAGUCUACUGAUCGUAACAAAUAUUGGUGCUUUUAUCCUUUAUUUCUUCUGUGCAACACUGAGCUAUUAUUUUAUUUAUGAUCAUUCAUUAAUGAAGCAUCCACAAUUUUUAAAGAAUCAAGUCUAUCGAGAGAUUAAGUUUACUGUCCAGUCCUUGCCAUGGAUUAGUAUUCCUACUGUUUCAUUGUUCCUGCUGGAGUUGAGAGGUUACAGCAAAUUAUACGAUGAAAUAGGAGAGUUUCCAUAUGGCUGGUUUCAACUUAUUUUUAGUAUAAUAUCCUUCCUCUUUUUCACUGAUAUGCUGAUCUACUGGAUUCACAGAGGACUUCAUCAUAGACUCGUAUAUAAGCACAUACAUAAACCUCAUCAUAUUUGGAAGAUUCCUACUCCGUUUGCAAGUCAUGCUUUUCACCCUGUGGAUGGCUUCCUUCAGAGUUUGCCUUACCAUAUAUACCCUUUUGUCUUUCCAUUACACAAGGUGGUUUAUUUAGGUUUGUACAUCUUGGUUAAUAUCUGGACAAUUUCCAUUCAUGAUGGUGAUUUUCGUGUCCCCCAAGUCUUAAAGCCAUUUAUUAAUGGCUCAGCUCAUCACACAGACCACCAUAUGUUCUUUGACUAUAACUAUGGACAGUAUUUCACAUUGUGGGAUAGAAUUGGAGGCUCAUUUAAAAAUCCUUCCUCUUUUGAGGGGAAAGGACCACUUAGUUAUGUGAAGAAAAUGACAGAAAAGUGCAACGACCAUACAGAAAAUGGUUGUAAAAAUGAAAAAUUAUCCAAUGGAGAGUUUACAAAGACUGAGUAGAUUAUUGCCCAAUUUUUCUUAAAUGUUUUUAAUAAAGAAAAAUAACCUACACAUAGCCAAGAUACAGAGCAAGUAAACGGUAUCAUUUGGAAAUCAGCAUUGCGGGUAUGCUGAGGAAUAAUCAUAAUGAUAGAUCAAGAGAGGACGCUGUGAGCACAAAGAUUUUAAUCUCAUGCUUAAAAUGCAUGGUCCAAGGGACUACUUGUGUCUUUCUAGCCAGCAGAUCUGUGGUUUAUAUAGCCUCAACAACAAUUUUAAAUAAAGAGAAUAAAUUAUUGAAGGGACUAGGCUAUAUCCGUUUGCCUUAAUCUACCCAUAUUCAUUAAGAAAAAUUUCUUGUGCUUAACAGUAUCGAGACUAAGCACUGUAACCAAGAAAUACUAAUGUAAAGAUGAUUCCUUGUUUCAGGAAUGGCUAAUUCUUCAGUGUCAGUAUGAUAAUGACCACUUGUAGUACUUUGUUCAAGUGGAAACAUCAGUGUGGAAAAAGAAAAUUCUGAUAUAUUAGUGGCUAUGUAAAUUACCUAAUUAAUAGCAGGUGUAAUAAGAUUAUCAUCUUCCUGUACCUGGGAGGCUCAUUCUCCAGGGACAUUUUCAAAUAUUAAAUUUUACUGAUGAGUAAAUAAAUUGGAAUUUUAAAAAAUAUGAAUACUACCAUGAUUGAAUCCAGAUCUGGGAUUAUUCAACAAAAUAUUUUGGUGGUUCUUAUUAAAACCAUUAUUUAAUAAGUGUAAAAGUAUGUGAAUUUGAAUAUAUUUAGAAAGGGAAAUUUGAUGUCCAAGUGAUACAUUGGACACUACUGAUAUUUUAAUUAAACUGAUGCACUGCACUUUUGGUAAGUUUCAAAGUUACAAACCUGUAAUUUUUUAUAAAAGGAAAUAAUGGCCAAAUAUUUAGACUUAUCAUUGAAGAUUCAUUUUGAAAUCUUACUCUCCCUUUUCUUCCCUCACUCCUUUUCACUUCCUCAGUGAAAAGAUUUGACAAAUACUUUCAGAGUAAUGUUAUGUGUUGUAAGAUAUAUUGGAAAAGCAUGGUUUGUAAAGGCAUUCUAUAAGCUAUUUAUGUAAAAUUAAUAAACGUUGAUCAUGACUAUUAAACUAUCAGUUAAAUAUUGUAAUAGCACAAAACUAUUUUUGUACAGAUUUGGUGUCAAUUUGAAACCACAGAAAUGAUGUGGAUUGUUAAAACUUUUAAAACAUCCCCAGAUGCUCAAUAUCAAGGGGAGAAAGAGAGAAGGGGUUAUCACAUUCUUUUUCUAUUUCAUGUCUUUAUCAGAUUUUAGUUUUUUAGCAAGAGACCAGUCAUAAAAUUUAAUGCCUGGGAUCCAGAAGAAUAUGUCUUUUCUCUUUGAGUUAUUGUACAAUGUUGUCUUACGUAAGUGUGCCAAUGUACCAAUUAGUAUUUUGUAAGAGAUGAAUGCAGCUGAGUGCUUUUCACUAAUCCACCCACCCCCGGUGUUCACUUUGCCCAAGAAAAAGAAGGAAAUUAAAGAGAAGUAAACUUUGAUUCCUAGUAAUAAUGACAGCUAAUAUUUAUUGAGCUUUUCCUCUUUGCCAGGCAUUCUUACAAGCUCUUAACAUGAAACUAAGACCCAAAGAAGUUGAGGCUUUUCUAAUGUUUAUUUCUCUCUCUGAUGUGACAUCCAAUGUAAAUGUUUCUAGUCAGUGGGCAGCUUUCCUCAUAGUCAUUCUGUGACCCGGGCUCCUUCCAUCUUGGAGCUCUCCCUUUCUUUCAAUCUGUAGAGCCGACAGAAGAAAAAGCUUGUACAUGGAAAAUUUUUAUGAGUCAGGCUGAAAGUGGUGCAUAUCUCUUCUGCCCACAUCCUUUGGAUAAAACUCAGUCAUAUGGCCUACCUAACUAAAGGAGAUUCUGGAAAAUGUGUCCAGUUGUGUGUCCAGGAGGAAGAUGACACCAGUUUCUUGAACAGUUAGCCAGUCUUCCAUAUCUGUGUAGUUUAUUCUCUUUUCAAAGGGAAUAAAGGAAAUAAAGAUGUUGAAAUGGU